UAGCGCCUCUUAUGCUGUUAUAUUAUUAUUAAUAUCACAUACAUAAUAAUAUUCUUCCGGCACCAACCCGCUGCCACCUGUGCGCGGACGGACGGACGGACGGACUCGGCCGCGGUGGAGGCGGCGGCGACCAAGUCUGCACAAUCGUUUCACUACCGUCGCGUCGGUGACUCGUGCUGCAGUGUGUGAACGUGAAUUGCAGUGUGCGUUCGCGUCGAAACGCAAAAACGACAAAAAAAAUAAUAAGAUCACUGCGAUAUAAGAAUAUAAUAUUAUAUCGUCCAAAAACGCGUCCGCACGCGCGACGUUCAAACGUCAUCGUAACAAUAAUUAGGUAGUCGUUUUUCUCCUUUUCAUUUUUUUUUUCGUACGUAAAUAAUUUUCAUUUCGGCAUUUUCGGUUUAGCCGUUCUCCGUCUCCGUGUACGAUAAUUUCUUGUGGUCGACGCUCGAUUCGCUAAGGUUCGCCACACGAAUACGACGACGACGACGACGACGUCAUGGACGACAAGGAUAAGAUACGGAAGAUGUUCAGCUGGAGCACAAGUCUCACAGAAGGGAACGAAGAAUCCGGUGGUGGUAAGGCGACGAUGACGUCCGGCGUGGGCAAUUCUCCGGACGUGGUGGCUAUGGAGCCCCGGAACGGCAACGGUAGCGUCAGCGUGGGAAUAGUGGAUAAUGGCGGUGGAAUCGUCAACCCAGCGUUUCAGCCACCUUCAUUGCUCAGCCAACAGAGCACCGUGUGGACCCGUCGCCAGCAAGCCGUUUGCGUUCGACACGCGUUCAAGCACUACGGUUCUGCGAGUAAACCGAACCAUGUGCUCAGUAACCUUAACAUGACGGUCGCUAAAGGCACAAUAUAUGGACUGCUGGGAGCUAGUGGUUGCGGAAAAACUACAUUGCUCAGCUGUAUUGUUGGCCGGCGGCGACUUAACACAGGACAAAUCUUUGUACUCGGAGGAAAGCCCGGAACUAAAGGAAGUGGAGUGCCCGGAAAACGCGUUGGAUACAUGCCUCAGGAAAUAGCUCUAUAUGGAGAGUUUUCCAUCAAAGAGACAAUGAUGUAUUUUGGUUGGAUAUUCGGUAUGGAAACUUCGGAAAUUAAUGACCGACUUCAAUUUCUUUUGAACUUCUUAGAUUUACCAAGCCAGUCUAGAUUGGUGAAAAAUCUUAGUGGUGGUCAACAAAGAAGAGUUUCAUUCGCUGUGGCUCUUAUGCACGAUCCAGAACUCUUAAUUUUAGAUGAACCUACGGUUGGUGUAGAUCCUUUACUCCGUCAAAGUAUUUGGAAUCAUUUGGUUCAGAUCACAAAAGAUGGACACAAAACAGUUAUUAUCACUACACAUUACAUCGAGGAGGCUCGACAAGCGCACACUAUCGGUUUAAUGAGAAGCGGAAGGUUAUUGGCCGAAGAAUCUCCACGUGUAUUAUUGUCUAUGUAUCACUGCCAGUCAUUAGAGGAAGUGUUUUUAAAAUUGAGUAGAAAGCAAGGGACGGACGGACAGCCACAGGAAACGCCUGUCAAUAUAUCAAAUAACAUUUCACUCGCUACGUUGAACUGGGGUAAAAAGGAUGAACCUGUUUACGUUACUGAAGAGAGCGGUGUAGUAGGCUUGAACUUCCAUCAAUCAAAGGAGGUGCUUGCGCAAGAUCAGUCAAAUGGCAUAAAUGGUAAAUUGUCGGAAAUGCAAAUGAUGGAGCCACAAUAUGACUCAAGUUGUUGUGAAAUCACUACUCGAGGAAAAACAAAGGCAUUGUUGCAAAAGAACUUUUUGAGAAUGUGGAGAAACGUUGGAGUGAUGUUAUUCAUAUUUGCAUUGCCAGUAAUGCAAGUCAUACUUUUCUGUUUGGCCAUUGGUAGAGAUCCAACAGGCUUACAUUUGGCUGUAGUCAAUAAGGAAAUGGAUUGGAAUACUAUGGAAUGUCCAGUUUAUGAUAAUUGCACUCUUAACAUGUUUUCGUGUAGGUACUUAAACGCUUUACCAAAAGACACCGUAGUAUUAGAUUAUUAUGAGACCCCCGAGAAAGCUAUAAACGCCGUUAAAGUGGGCGACGCAUGGGGAGCUCUAUACUUCACUGAAAACUUUACUGACGCACUCGUUGCACGAAUGGCGUUGGGUAGAGAAUCUGACGAUGAAACAUUGGAUCAGAGUGAAGUGCGAGUGUGGCUUGACAUGUCAAAUCAACAGAUUGGUUUAAUGUUGAACAGAGACUUGCAAUUGUCUUAUAGAGACUUUGGACAAGGUUUACUGCAGAGCUGUGACCAAAAUCCCAAACUCGCUGAUAUUCCAAUUCAGUUUAAAGAACCAAUAUACGGCAGUAGUGAUCCCAGUUUUACAGAUUUCGUAGCGCCAGGAGUUAUUUUAACAAUCGUUUUCUUCUUGGCUGUCGCACUCACGUCUUCGGCACUUAUCAUCGAGCGGACUGAGGGUCUGUUGGACAGGAGUUGGGUCGCCGGUGUAACUCCAUUAGAAAUAUUGUUCUCGCAUGUCAUUACACAGUUCGUAGUCAUGUGUGGACAGACAGCACUUGUCCUCAUAUUCAUGAUUCUUGUAUUCGGUGUGGAAUGCAAAGGAGACAUUACUUUAGUGAUAACCCUUACGAUAUUGCAGGGUCUUUGCGGCAUGUGCUUCGGUUUCGUUAUAUCAGCCAUAUGUGAACUAGAAAGAAACGCUAUCCAGUUGGCCCUAGGAAGCUUUUACCCGACACUUCUGCUCAGUGGUGUUAUCUGGCCGGUAGAGGGUAUGCCCAUAUUGUUGAGGUAUGUCAGCUACUGUCUGCCUCUGACCAUGGCCACAACGUCAUUGAGGAGCAUAUUGACCCGCGGAUGGAACCUGCUGGAACCCGACGUGUACUUGGGAUUCGUGUCCACCAUCUCGUGGAUAGUGUUGUUCCUGUCGAUCAGUAUGGCCGUGCUCAAGUUCAAGCGCGGCUGAGCUCAGCGUCAAGUCCUCUCCCGUCACAUACCCGUCAUUCGUCAACCCCUGCACCGUCGUCCCGCUACCGAUCCGGUCGUCUCGCCCGGACGUUUGCGCGAGUGUUAGCUUUAAUGUCUUUUUUUUGUUGUCGUGUGGAUCGGUUCGGAAACGCGUACGCCGCUUUCCUCUUCCACCCACUCACCCCUUUGUGUAUCUACCCUCCCCCGCAACACAAUCUACCCCCCUCCACCCAAAGCAUUGUGACGUGUAUAAUGAUUUCUAAGGUUAAAACGAUAAUAUUUGCUCAGCAUUCUUUUGUGACAUAAAUUAAUCAAAUUUACCGUCCAAAAUUAUAUUAUGUACAAUGUACGUGUGCGUAUGUCUGUGCGUGUGUAUGUGUGUAUGUGUGUGUAUGUGUAACAUGUCUACAUAUGUGACGAAUUCGCGACCGUAAACAUGAAUAACGCUCAUGCAUAGGUAUACACAUAUAUAUAUUUUUUUUUACCCAGUGACUUUUUAUUACUUAAUUAGGAUACAAUAUAGUAUUUAUAUAUAUAUAUAUAUUUUUUUUUUAGACAUUUAUAUAUAUUUAUAUGUGUGUGAAUAUUUUUUAUGUAAUCUACAUCACCCAUGCGCAUAAUUAUUUCAAAAUAGUUAACAUUUGUGAGAUCGAAGGGCUGCGGAUCGUUAUCAAUAGAUUUAAAUUCAAAUGGCAUUAUCUACGUACAAUAAUAAUACAUUAAUAUAUUGUGUAUAGGUAUAUUGUAGUGUUAUUUUUACAUAGUACUAUCUACAUGUAAAAACAAAUCAACGCGCGUCUGUUGCAUCGACGUCUACAGCCCUUCGGUAUAUUAUAUUAUUUUUAAAUACUUUUUGUGAUUGGUAAAUUACUGUAGUUAUUAUUGAUAAGGUGAAUACCGAUCGAUUCACCGUUUCCGUACUUCUUUAUCAAAUCUUAUUAUGUAUCAUAUACUAUAGUAUUAUUAUUAUUAUUAUUAAUAUUAAUUUUAAGGUCGUGGAAAAUUAACGUUAUUCGGUGCCGAUUUAUAAUCUGGCCCCAGUUAAAAAGAAAAAAAAUGAAUAAAAACAAUGAUUAAAAAAAAAAUAAAUUAAUAAAAAAUAGCAAACCAAAAACUAUAUAGUUUUUCUUUAUAUGCGUUUAGGCGUUUCCGGGCACUAUACUUAAAAUUAUUUUAUUUUUAAUCACAAAACACACAGACUUCAAUCAAUACACUGCAUUUCAUUGUGAUGCAGAAUAAUAAUAACCAUUCAGUGUGCGGUAUGUUAUUAUUAUAAUAACACACUUCAAGUGCUUACUGUCGGGAAACGCGGUCUCGAACCGAAGUCAAUUUUACACUUUUUAUCAUAACAUAAUAAUAAUGCAGUGUAUAUGAAUCGUGUGCAGGAUAAUUUUUAUUAUUUUUAUUUCUAUAUAGCUGACGACAACGACGACCGAUCUUGCAGAGGGGUAGUCUGGUACAGGAAACCACAUGUACACCAUUUAAUAUAAUAAUAUUAUAAUGAUAAUUAAUUUCGUCACCACGCGAUAUUAAAAUACACAACUUUAAUACUACAAAUGCUGCAAUCGACACCUAAGUCGUUAUUUAAUUAUUAUUAUUAGAGAUUUAUAAUAAAUUUUCGUACUGAAUACAAUUCCGUGAUGGACGUGAAUGUCCAAUUAUUAUUACACACUGACCGUUUGUUUAUAUUCGUUGGGUUCGGCGUAGAAUCGACAUAGCAAUUUAUCGUAAAUAAUAUGUUAUCAUGGUCGGAAGACGAUCGACUAGAGCGAAACCAUAUAGUAUUAUAAUCAUUAUUAGUAUACGACCUUGACAUUUAUUUAUUGGGCUGCCCAGCGUAUGCACCGGUGGCUCGUUUAUUUCUGUACCGGACUCGCAGCUAAGGGACGAUUUGAUUUUCCCGGACCUGUACGCGAUAAUACUUAACAUUUUCGUGCUAUAUAUAUGUAUAGACAAAAUUUCGACGGCAGUAUUAUUGUCAAUGACUGUGUAUAAUGGCAACGUUUGGUGGCCGGCUGUGGUUGACAGUAGGGACGUUAUAAUAUUAUUCACCGCUGCCACCACCGUCAUCGCUAAACUUUUUUUUUUUUUGUCGUCGGGUACUCGGAUGUCGUUGGGUAUUCGGAUGUCGUCGUCGUCAUAGUUGUCGCUAUUAUCAUCGCCACUGCUUAAUGUAUGGCUUAAAUAUAAUAUUAUAAUAUUUUUAAUUUCUAUGGACGAAUAGAAAUUGUAUUGUGAUUCACAAAUCGUUCAACUUCCCGACACUUCUCUGCCAGAACGUUAUAUUGCUGUAAGAACUGCAAGGUUCGAGACCAAGUGUGGACGGUUUUAUUAAUAAUGAUUAUUUUACAAUUUAUUUUUUGAAAUUUUAUAGAUCAACGUAGUUAUUAUUUUUUAUUAUUAUGACUAAGUUAAGCGAUAUUGUUAUUAUUACAUUGAUUAAUAUUAUUUUGCUCAAAUAUAAUACUAAAAUGUACGUCA